ACAAGAUGUCUGCCUCCGUAAUGUACUUGUCUGCUUUAAAGUAAAAAAAAAAUAAGACUGUGAUCUAUUAUAAAUAUUUUGGAGUAAUAGAUUUGUGAAAACUAUUAGCUUCUGUCAAACAUGACAAAUAUAAUCUAAUAAUAACCAGAAAAUCAGUAUUUUUCUUAAAACCUCAUAGAUAAUUUUAUUCGACAUAUUAAUUCAUUGAAUUUUUAAAUUUGCAUUUAUUUAUUAAAUUGUUUAGUGAUUGUAAUGUCUUCAGUUCAACGAGCAUUUGCUUAUAAAUUAAGCAAACAACAUGCUGCUGAUGUUAGAAGACACAUAGCUAAUCCUUCACAUUCCAAAGACAUGUCCAAAAGUGCGAGUAACAUUUCUGGAUUUUCAUCUACUGUUUCACUUUGUGAAAUAUGUGAACCUUUGGAUUAUGAAGAUUACCUUGAUCAACAUCAAUUUUUAUUAGAUCGCGACCCACUGCGUUAUAUUCUCGAUUUUCCACCGGAUGAUAUAGAGCUUCGAGUUAUAAAAAGAAAGAUUCGUACAGAAAGUCCAAUUAUACCAUACGAAUCAUUAGAUACAGUUUCACCCUACACUAAGAGAUGUAUUAGAGCUUUUACGUCAGACUGGAUUGUUAUUCAUCGCAAAUAUCGAGGAAAACUUUCUGUAAUAGCAAAAGAACAACUAAUUCAAGAUACACCUCGACAAGAUUUUGAAGUUGAUCAAGAUAUAGGUUCCGGUUCUCCGAAUGAAGAUGAAGAUAUUGUCAAUUCUUUAGAAACUCCACGAGGAUCGUGGGCGAGUUUAGAUUUACGACAUUCACAACACGAUCCUUUGUUACCUAAUUUAUUGGAUCGUGUUUGUUUAGAAACUAUUGAUCAGUUGAAUGAACAAAAACGAUUAGAGGAUAGACAAGAGGCACUAUUUCCUCUUUAUACUCCAACAUUUCAAGAUGAUGAAUGGCAAGAGCGUAUUUUACCUCAAGAGCCAUGUGAGAUAUUUUCUCACAAAAUACUUGUAAAAUGUUUACAACUAAAAUUAGAAUUAGAAGUGGAACCAAUAUUUGCAACUUUUUCACUUUAUGAUGCCAAAGAAAAAAAAAAAAUUUCCGAAAAUUUUUAUGUAGAUAUGAACUCAGAGAGUUUAAAACGAAUGCUAGGAAGUCAUAUUGCUUACAGUGAUGCAAGUACCUUAGCACGAAGCUGUAUUUUCAGUAUUAGUAAACCAAGUCCAGAUUUAUUUUUGGUGGUAAGACUAGAAAAAGUUUUACAAGGAGAUAUUUCAGAAUGUGCUGAACCAUAUUUUCGAGAUGAUAAAAACAAAGAUAAAGUUAAAGCAGCUGCAGUAACGGCAUGUGAUCGUCUUGGUAAAUAUCGUAUGCCAUUUGCUUGGACUGCUAUUCAUCUAUCAGGAGUAAUUGGAGGUGGUGAUAGUGAUAGUAUAGGGAGUGCUGGAUCUUUAGAUCGAAAAUCAGGAAGUCUUGAAUGGCGAAAACGAGUUGAACAACCCACACGACGAGGUUCUCUAGAACGAAAAAGCUCCGAUAAACGUCGUAGCUGGUCUCCAGAUGAUUUUGCAAAUUGUCUUGAUAAUUUUAGACCCAUUACGUUGACAGUGUCAAGUUUUUUUAAACAAGAAAGUGAAAGGCUUAGAGACGAAGAUCUCUAUAAAUUAUUAAUAGAAUUAAAAAGACCUGGAUCCAAUUUACGACGGUUAAAGUGUUUACCAGGAAUUCUUAAACUGGACUUAAGUCCAAAACCUGAAGAAUUAUUGCGAUGUUUAGAUCCAGAUUUACGAAAAUUGUCACCUUAUCCUGAUGAAAAAAAUAGACCGAUAAAAGAAAUUCUUGAAUUUCCUAAUGACUUAAUUGCACCUGAUUUACAUUAUCGUAAUUUUCUUUAUGUAUAUCCGAAAGAAGUUAAUUUUAGUUCUCGAACAGGAUCUGCAAGAAAUAUUACGGUUAAAAUUCAAUUUAUGGGUGGUGAACAAGAAAGUGAUGCAAUAACAGCUAUUUUUGGAAAAUCAUCUUGUCCCGAGAUGACUCACGAAUGUUUCACUUCUGUUUCAUAUCAUAAUAAAAACCCUAAUUUUUACGAUGAAGUUAAAAUUCGUCUUCCUGCAGAUUUAAGUGCUCGACAUCAUCUUUUAUUUAUUUUUUAUCAUAUCAGUUGUCAGAAAAAAACAGAACAGCCAAAUGUUGAAACUCCAAUCGCUUAUACAUGGUUACCAUUAUUAAGAGAUGGACAUCUUCAAUUUGGUGAAUAUUUUCUUCCAGCUAUGCUCGAUCCUCCACCUCCUAAUUAUUCAUAUAUCGCUCCAGAUGUUUUACUUCCAGGCACAAGAUGGGUUGAUGCUCAUCGUGGGGUAUUUAACGUUACUAUUGAGCCAGUAUCUAGUGUUCAUCCUCAAGACAAAUUUAUUGAUAAAUUUAUAUCACUUUGCAGUUAUCUUGAAACUGGACAAGUACCCCCAAGAAUUGGCGAAGCUGGAAUGGAAUCAGAAUUGAAAUCAGCUUUACUAGAAUUACAUCGUGCUUCAAAUUCUGCUCUUAUUCGAUCAUUACCACAGUUACUUGAUCAACUAAUUUCAUGUUUAGUUCAACCACCAACUCUACCAACUCAGCCUUUGAAUAUAGCAGCAACAAUAUUUGAAGCACUUGGUCUUAUUGUUAAAAAUGUAACCAAUUCACCAGAUGGUCAAGUUGACACCCAUGGAAGACAUUCCUUUUUAGCGACAUACAUAGCAUAUCAAUGUUCUAUACCAAAAAUGACCAUAUCUCCAAGAAUUGUUCGUGCUCAAAGUAAUCCAGACUUAUCAAUAGAAGAUUUUGAAAUGGAAAUUCAUGCUCGACAUGGUCUCGAUCGUACCUCUUCAAUGCGUCAAGAAGCACCAUCAAUAAGCAAUAAUUUAACAAGAAGACUUCUUCAUGAAGAACUUGCAUUGCAUUGGGUCGUUUCAACUGGUCAAGCUAGAGAAUUAGCCAUUACUUAUUCAUGGUUUUUCUUGGAACUAAUAGUAAGAUCAAUGGUUAUUUAUUUAACUGAGACCGGUAAUCUUGAAGCUCCACGAAAAUUACGAUUUUCUCCUCAAUUUUGUGAUGAUAUCACUACUCUUAUUGUUACUUUGACAUCUGAAGUAAUAAACCGAUGCGGAAAAGACUUAAAAAUUGCUUCAAAUUUAAUUUCAAGUAUUGGAAAUUUUUUAUCUGACUUAUUGUCCAUCAUGGACCGAGGAUUUGUUUUUUCUCUUGUUCGCGCAUCAUGUUAUGCCCUUUCUGAUGCUUCAAUGCAUAUGACAGAUUCUGUUACUUUAUUUUCUUUUAAACUAGAUCUAAUUAGAAUAAUAUGUUCUCACGAACAUUAUGUCGCUUUGAAUUUACCUUUCGGUACUGGCUAUACAUCCGAGUCAACACCAGCAUCACCAAGUCCUUCUACUGGUAGUUCUGGAAGUUUAAUCUCUACGUUAGUACCUGGCGAUCGUACCAGGUUUGCAGAAUUGAGUCAAGAAUUUCGCCAACAACAUUUCCUUGUUGGUUUAGUUCUUUUAGAUCUAGCUAAUACUUUAGAAAUACCAAAUUCAAUGCUCCAAAAUAAAGCGAUAAGUACUGUGAGAUAUCUUAUGAGUUCACAUGAUAAAGAUUCAAGAUACAUUGAUCCUACAGCGAAAGCUCGAGUAGUAGCACUUUAUCUACCACUUUUAUAUAUUAUUAUGGAUGCAUUACCUCAACUUUAUCAUUGGGAUUCAAAGGAUAAAAGUAUAUAUCAUGAAGAGUCUAGCUCUAUUACGCAAACUGUGGCUCUUGCUAUUGCUGGAAGUGUUUUAUCUGAUACUGCCAGUACGCAAUGUCGAGUGUCUUUAAGUUCUGAAGCUACAAGACACCUUCUAAUGUGCUUUCUCUGGGUAUUAAAAGGCUUAGAACGUUCAGCUUUAAUGCAGUGGUGCUCGGAAUUAAGUUCUAAAAGAAUUUUAAAUUUUCUACAAGUACUUAGUAUUUGUAUAUCUGCAUUUGAAUAUAAAGGAAAAAAAGCUCUUAAACGUCUUCCUCAACAAGUUGCAGCUUCAGGAGAUAUUCGAUCAAGAUUAGAAGAUGUUAUUCUAGGUCAAGGUAGUGCAAGAAAUGAAAUGAUGCUACGACGUAAAGAAAGAAUAACAGGUGAUAAAUUAAGAUGGAGAAAAGAUCAAAUGUCAUAUAGGAGUAAUGAACCAGCUGAAGAACGUACGAUUGAACAAGAUGCUCACAUUGAAGGCGCUUUAGCUGCUGAAUCAUCUCUUGUAGUUCUUGAUUCAUUAGAAAUCGUUAUACAAGCUGAUGGUGGUGGUGGUGCAGUAGUUAAUGCGGUAUUAAAUGUACUUUUGAAAGCAUUAGCACGAAAUCAGAGUACAUCUGUACUUCAACAUAUGUUUAAUACUCAACGAGCACUUGUAUUUAAAUAUCAUAGCGCUCUUUUUGAUGAAGAAAGUGAACGCUGUAGUGAUUUAUGUUUAACAUUACUUACUAGAUGUAGCUCUUCAUUAAGUGCAGUGAGAAGUCAUGCUGCUGCAAGUUUAUAUCUUCUGAUGAGACAAAAUUUUGAAAUAGGAAAUAAUUUCGCCCGAGUUAAAAUGCAAGUGACUACUUCUUUAUCGUCUCUUGUUGGUCGUGGUCGUGCUCCAAAUGAAGGAGCACUUCGUUCUGCUUUGAAAACUGUUCUAGUUUAUGCAGAAAGAGAUACUGACUUAGCAGAUACUAGCUUUCCGGAACAAGUAAAAGAUUUAUUAUUUAAUUUACACAUGAUUCUUUCAGACACUGUGAAAAUGAAAGAAUUCCAAGAAGAUCCAGAAAUGCUAUUGGAUUUGAUGUAUCGUAUUGCUAAAGGUUACCAAGAUUCUCCGGACCUGAGAUUAACUUGGUUAGCAAAUAUGGCACAACAGCAUAUGGAACGAAAGAAUCAUACUGAAGCAGCAAUGUGUCUGAUCCAUAGUGCAGCACUUGUCGCUGAAUAUUUAUAUCUUCUAGAACCAGGAAGCGGAGGUCGUCCAAUUGGAGCAGUAGCUUUAGCUUCUAUAACACCCAAUGCUUUGGAAGAAAGUGCUGUCGGAGAUGAUGUUUUAGCACGUCGGGAGGAAGGAUUAUGUCUUGGACCAGAUUUCUCUGAAAGUGGUUUAGCUGGACUUUUAGAGCAUGCUGCUAGCUCGUUUCAAGCAGCUGGAAUGUAUGAAGCUAUUCCUGAAGUUUAUCGUGUUCUCCUGCCUAUUGCAGAAACGGCUCAUGAUUACAAGAAAUUAGCUAACAUACACGGGAAACUUCAUGAAACAUAUACUAGAGUUGAACAAUUAGCGGGCAAACGGGUUUUUGGAACUUACUUUAGAGUUGGCUUUUAUGGUAGUAAAUUUGGAGAUUUAGAUGGUGAGGAGUUUGUUUAUAAAGAACCUCAACUUACUAAAUUGCCUGAGAUCUUUUCGAGACUUGAAAAUUUUUAUACUGAAAGGUUUGGAGCAGAAAAUAUCGUAAUAAUUAAGGAUUCAAAUCCAGUUGAUCCAUAUAAGCUAGAAUCUGAUAAAGGAUAUGUCCAAAUUACUUAUGUGGAACCAUAUUUUGAAGAAUACGAAUUGAGACACAGACCGACUAUUUUUCAUAGAAAUUUUAAUAUAAAACGAUUUGUCUAUGCGACACCAUUUACUCCAAGUGGCAAAGCUCAUGGUGAGCUUAAGGAACAAUGCAAGAGAAAAACUAUUUUAACUGUUGCAACCAAUUUUCCAUAUCUUAAAACUCGUAUCCGAGUUGUUGCUCGAAAACAAAUUGUAUUAAGUCCUAUUGAAGUAGCCAUCGAAGAUAUUCAAAAGAAAACAGCAGAACUUGCUAAUGCAACGGCUCAAGAACCUCCAGAUCCAAAAAUACUGCAAAUGGUACUUCAAGGUUGUAUUGGUACGACAGUAAAUCAAGGACCAGCAGAAGUAGCAAUCGUUUUUCUCUCUGAAUUACGCGAUCAAUCUAUAGAACCGUCUCGUCUUCAACAUAAAUUGCGACUAUGUUUUAAAGAUUUUCAGAAAAAAUGUCUGGAUGCGCUGCGAAGAAAUAAAAAUUUGAUUGGACUCGACCAACGUGAUUACCAAAAAGAAUUAGAAAGAAAUUAUCAACGUUUGACGGAAAAACUUGCACCACUUGUUUGUUGGAAAUAAAUAAUUAAUCAACAAAUAACAAUAUUGGAACAAAUAUAAAUCAAAUUAUGGAAUGCAAAUCACAAAAAAUUUUAGA